CUUUCGAUGGGUGUGUUAACAAACUGUAUCGUUUCGAAAACCUCUAAAACGCGUUGAGUGUCACGAAAUAUCGAUAAAAAUGCGUGGCUUUGUGUGAAAUAAUGUGCGUUUGGACGUCCAGUGACACGUGUGUUGUGUACUGCAUGUGAUAUCGAUAAAUUGGCUUUGAUAACUUAAUAUGCAAAACCUACGCGAGUCCAUGGAAAAGAAUUAAUGAUCCCAUGUUUUCGAGAUCUGUCCGUCAGAUUAUUCAUGGUGGUGCAGCGGUCCCGUGGUGGAGGGGUGAUGGUGCUGCAAUAUGUGGAGCGAGUGGCGCUGGCUCGUGGUCACGUUGAACGCUGUCGCCGCACUGUCGCCUGUUGUUAAAAUUGGUGCAAUCUUCACGGAGGAAGCGCGCGGAGGUAGCGCUGAACUAGCGUUCAAGUACGCAGUGUAUCGCAUCAACAAGGAACGUAGCUUGCUGCCCGACACCACGUUAGUGUACGACAUACAGUACACCACCGCCAGGGACACUUUCCGCACUUACAAGCGAGCGUGCACACAGAUAAAGUCAGGAGCCAUUGCUAUAUUCAGCAGCGCGGGCCCACUGCUGGGCUCCACGCUGACUGCCAUGUGCCGGUCAUUGCACGCUCCCUACAUGACAGUGGCGCCGCACUUCGUUGACAACCUUAAUAAUUCGGAUUCGUUCACUGUGAAUCUGUACCCGUCGAGGGAACUCAUGGACCAGGCGUUUAAGGACUUGACUGCCUUCCUCAACUGGACCAAAAUGGGUAUUAUUUACGAAGAUUACGGGUUUGGAGAACUAAACAUAGUCCGCCUAGCUCGGGACGGCCGCGACAUGUACGCGGUGCGCUGCGAGACGAGAGACUAUCGGCGCGCGCUCGCCCAGCUGAAGGCGCAGCACAUAGAGCACAUCAUAGUCGACACGGACCCCAAGCACUUGAGACUGUUGUCCAGAGCUAUUCUACAACUACAAAUGAACAACGAAAAUUAUCAUUAUAUUUUUACCUCCUUUGACAUGGAACUGUUCGACCUGGAGGACUUCUUCUACAACCGCGUGAACAUGAGCGGCUGGCGGCUGGUGGACCGCGAGUCCGACAAGGUCAAGGACACCCUGCAGGUCAUGGAGAAGUUCCACCCCAUCGGCGCCUCCAUACUCAGUGGGGGACACAUUAAGACUGAACCAGCGCUGCUGUACGACGCGGUGCAGGUGCUGGCACUGGCGCUGGCCUCCACCAAGGACGUGCACACCAACAACGGCUCCUGCGACACCGAGGCGCACAUCACCCACGGCAGAGAAUUGCUGGACAAUAUCAACAAGGUUCAAGCACAUGGUCUGACAGGUCCAAUCUCGUUCACGGAAGGUGUCCGGACCACCUUCAACCUGCAGCUGAUGAGGCUGUCCGGGGGAGAGCAGGGCGGCGCGGUGCUCGCCGGACACUGGGCUCCGGGGGAUGGGCUGCAGGUCACUGACCCCGCUGCGUAUAGACGAGACCCUCCCCCUAAUGUCACCCUGACUGUUGUAACUGUAGAGGAAAAGCCCUACGUGAUGGUGAAGGAAGGUUGGAAUCUGCAAGGCAAUGCACGGUUUGAGGGUUUCUGCAUCGACCUGCUGGCCAGAGUAGCGGCGAGAGCCGGAUUCCACUAUCGACUGAGGCUGGUGCCUGACAACAUGUACGGGGCCUGGGACCCCGACACCGGCCAGUGGAAUGGAAUUGUCAAGGAACUGAUGGACCAGAAAGCGGACAUCGCCGUAGCAUCUAUGACAAUAAACUUCGCACGCGAGGCCGUCAUAGACUUCACCAAACCCUUCAUGAACCUCGGCAUCGGAAUCUUGUUCAAAGUGCCGUCAUCACAACCCACGCGACUGUUCAGCUUCCUCAACCCGCUGGCGAUAGAGAUCUGGCUGUACGUGCUCGCUGCCUAUGUGCUGGUGUCAUUCACCUUGUUCGUCAUGGCUCGGUUCUCACCCUACGAAUGGUCAUCCAGCACGCACGUCUGCGGUCACGAGACCAAGCUGCUCACCAAUCAGUUCAGCGUGUGCAACUCCUUCUGGUUCAUCACUGGCACGUUCCUGAGGCAAGGCUCUGGACUGAAUCCUAAGGCAACGUCGACGCGCAUAGUGGGCGGCAUCUGGUGGUUCUUCACCCUCAUCAUCCUGUCGUCGUACACCGCCAACCUGGCCGCCUUCCUCACUGUGGAGCGCACCGUGCUGCCCAUCCAGAGCGCUGCCGACCUGGCGGCGCAGACCAGCGUGCAGUACGGCACGCUCAGCGGCGGCUCCACCAUGACUUUCUUCAGAGAUUCCAACAUCGACAUCUACCAGAAGAUGUGGCAGCACAUGUCGACGGCGUCCCCGCCAGCGCUGGUCUCGUCCUACGAGGAAGGCGUCCGACGGGUGCUGGGCGGCAACUACGCGUUCCUCAUGGAGUCCACCAUGUUGGACCAUCGCGUGCAGCGGGACUGCAACUUGACGCAGAUCGGUGGACUGUUGGACUCUAAGGGUUACGGUAUAGCGACAUGGAAAGGCAGCCCCUGGAGGGACAGGAUCUCGCUGGCGAUCCUGGAACUGCAGGAGAAGGGGGUCAUCCAGAUCCUCUACGACAAGUGGUGGAAGAACACGGGGGAUGUCUGCAACAGAGACGGCAAGGACAGCAAGGCUAACCCCCUGGGCGUGCAGAAUAUUGGUGGGGUGUUCGUGACUCUGCUGUGCGGGCUGGUGCUGGCCAUCGUGGUCGCCAUCUUGGAGUUCUGCUGGAACACCAAGAAGAAUGCCUCGCAGGGCCGCCAGUCACUGUGCAGUGAGAUGGGACAGGAGUUGAGAACAGCCAUGAGAGGCGGUUCCUCCAGAACAGUGCUGAGGCCAGGGUGCACCAGGUGCUCCCCCGGCACCCACGUGCCGCCAGCGCCUGGCAGAUAUGAGACGGACGGGUCCAGCACCGUGGAGCUCCGCGAGCUGCGCUGGUCAUAGCGCACGGCGCGGCGCGGGGCGUCCGCGCCCGCCUCCCCCGCGCCCGCGCGCCUCGCCCCCCGCCCCGCCGCGCUACGACACCCUUGCAAUUCCGUGGGUACUAUAAGAAGGACCACGUCCUACGUGCUAAAGGAUCCCAAAGAGAAGAAGCAUGUUCAGAUCGUUGCGUAGUCUAGCGUAGAUAUAGUCUUAGCUUUUAUACAAAUACCAUUGAUAUACAAAAACUUAGAUUGCAUACAGAGACGAAUAUCUAUGCAUGUAUCUGCAAAGAAAUAAAUUGAUUGAUUGAUUGAUUCCAUGGAUUCACCGGGUCCAUCGCGUGGCUGAGAAAAAAUUAUAUAACCUAAACUAGCAAGCGCCCGCGACUUCGUCCGCUUGCAAUUAAGUUUUUCACAAAUCCCGCGGGAAUCAUAGAUUUUUCCGAGAUGAAAGUAGCCUACGUGUUAAUCCAGAGUAAAAUCUAUUUUCAUUCCAAAUUUCAGUCAAAUCGCCGCAAAAUUGACAAAGUUUCAUACAAACUUUCAUCCCCUAUUUUAUCCCCUUGGGGGUAGAAUUAUUCAAAGUGCUUACUUAGCGGAUGCCUACGCCAUAACAUCUACCUGCAUGCCAAUUUUCAGCCUGAUCCGUCCAGUGGUUUGAGCUGUGCGUUGAUAGAUCACUAUGUCAGUCAGUCACCUUUGAGUUUUAUACAGGGUUAAUUUUCGUAAAUUUGCAAUAAUUUCAGAAAUAACUUAGAAUCGAUAAUACUAUCGAUCUAUGAUUUCAAAAACCCUCCUUAAUUUUGACAUUUUUUGAAAUAAUUUUUCCAUGAAAAUACACAAUGUAUGGACAUAGUGUAUCACUGCAAAAUCCAGCCGCGUAAAGAUACCUAACUAUCGCAAGGAAGCGGCUGGUAAGUAGGUAACUGUCUCUAGUCAAAACAAGUAGGUAGGUGUAGGUCCCACGUGUAAACAAUCUUAUCGCUCCAACCUUUUCGUCUUGCCGACAACAAACGCACCGCACCGCGGGCGCACGGUACGGGAGAAGGGGAGAGGGCGGCUUUUGUUUUAAAUUAUUGAAUUGAAUCAGUCAGUUACGUUCGUGUCCUUGACCUAAUUACUGCGCGUGCUUGCAAAGUUUUAAGUUUUUAAUUAAGUGACCCGUAACCGUUAUGUCUCGAUCAGUGUACUCAAAUCGAGAAUCUUAUGAAAUGGUGCGCUGUUACAAUUUAAGUGGUGAAAGCUUAGUUCGCGCGCAAGUGUUAUAUCGGACUGAAAGCAUACCUCGGCUGCAGAGACAAGGCUUAAACCCCAGGCUGCCAUCUAGAGCCACAAUUUUAGCGGCAACGCAAAGACUGUUAGAUUACGGGCAGUUUACCACACCUAGACAUGCUAGUGGUAGAGGAGUGGCCAGCUAGGUCUCCAGACUUAACCCCACUUGAUUUUUACUUGUGGGGUGAAAUGAAGAGACGUGUCUAUGUGGAAGAGGCACAAAGUGUUGAUAAUCUGCGUGACAAAAUAAGUGCAGCCUUUAAUGAUAUUAAAAGUGACACAGAAACACUUAAUUUAAUAAAAAACAAUUUAGGCAAACGUGCCCGUUUGUGUGUUCAACGAAAUGGCCUACAUUUUGAGCAACUUUUAAAAAUUCAUAAAUAAACUAAAUAGGUACUUAGACAAUAUUAAUGAUUAACCUGCCUGCAAUUAUUUAUCAUCUAAGUAAUUGUGUUUUUCGUGUUAAAUUGUUAUCAUAACUUUUUAAAAAUAUCUAAUAAUAAAAGACAUUACGUACUUUACCCAUCUUCUUAGUUAGUUUUUAAUAAUUGAUGAGUGAUCGCUAGACACUAGGUUAGUCGUGUAGGUACUUGAGCCCAGCUGAUCGCAUCGCGUCGAACGAGAACCGCACCGGGCGGCGAGAGAGCAUUGAACUUGAUUUUUAGGUAAGUGCCUACAGCAUAUUAGACUCAUAUCUUACCUACUAGUACUCUACCUACAAUGUACAGUGCCCUUGAGUUUUUAAGAAUUAGGAUUUCAUUGGGAAUUUUUCAAAUCCUUGUAACUUAAAAACUACCAUGAUUUAUGCAAUAAUUUUCAAAUUGUAUUUUUAUUUUGCUUUUUAAAUUUAAAAUUCAAAAUAAUGAAAGUCUAUGAAAAUUAACCCUGUAUAUUUAGAUUUAAAAAUAUAUCUCAAUAAAUCUGGUUCAUACAUGAAAAUAUGCUUGAUGUAUGAACCAGAUAUAAUAUCUUCCUACUAAUAUUAUAAACGCGAAAGUUUGUAUGGAUGUUUGUUACUCUUUAACGUCGCAACUACUUAAUCGAUUUGGUUGAAAUUUAAAACGAAGAUAGAUAACACCCUAAAUUAACACAAGCUACUUUUCAUACCGCAAAAAUUCAUAGUUCCCACGGGAUUUGUGAAAGAGAAUUCCACGCGGACGAAAUCGCGGGCAAAUCGUCACUAUCACAAAAUAUUGAAAACCGCUUGACAUAUAAAGAUGAAAUUCGGCAGGGAGGUAGUUUAGUAGACGUCCGCUGGUUUAAGGCCUGCUUAAAAGAAGUCUAAGCCCCUAGGACCCCCAGGGGAUCACCCUCUGAGUGUCUAAUUCUCAAACAAAUAGAGGUUAAAUUCGACACUCAGCGGCUGAAUGAUCCACUGGGGGUACCCCUACAAUGUCUACGAAUUCCUCUGUAAUAGUGAACGAUAGUGUUGCGAUACACAAAAACAACCAUCUGUGCACAACGUUUUCAAAAGAGACCCAGCUUCCUUGGUAAAAUUUCCUUUAUUAGAAUGUUGUAUCUAUGAUUUUUGUAUAUCAAUGGUAUACAAAUAAAAGUAAUAUACUGGAUGCAUUGUAAAAUAUUGGAUGAGUAUUUGAAAACGUGUUCUAGGAUAACAAUAAUUCAGCUGACGUUGAAGUUGUUUUUUACAUUUUGUUAGUUUUUAAACGACUUCAAAAAGGACGAAAAAGGCUGCAAAAAACAAAAAAUUCGUAGCUGAUUAUAUUUUUUUUUUUGUUUCACCGAUUGACACUCACUUAUAUGAUUUUUUUUAUCGUGAUCCCUUCGUAAAGUAAUUUUGACUGACUGACUGACUUUUGAACAUGUUCUAAUAAACUAAAAUGCAAAUAUAUAAUUGAUCCAGCAAUUGAACUAAAAUCUGCAGCCGGCUUAUUCACUAAUUAUGGACUUUAUUAACAACCUGUUAAAAUAAACAAGAAAUUAAAUGUCAAAUGUCAUCUACCUACUGUAUGAUAUCUACGAAGGGUUGUCAGUAGACACCGGAUGACAUUUGUUACAAAGGUGUCCUAAAGUCCCAAUUUUGUACGGAGGCUGGGCCUUUAUUCCGAGUGUCAACUAAGCAGAACAAAUUAUGUUUAUCUUAAAAGAAUAUAAAAUAUAGGGAAAUUAAAACCAAAAAAAAAAAAAAUUUUUGGAACCCGCAUUUUUUUAAAAUGACUUGUAUAAAAUGUUAUUUUUUUGUUAGCUGGCAACAUUAAUCAAGACUUUUUAUAAUGGCAGCAUACUUGUAACUCACACACUGGCAGAUAUUUAUCAGUGAUCUUCGAGUAAUAGCAUUCGUUUAUGGCGUUUUUAAAGCAAUUUAAGGAUUUUUUUUUGUUGAUUGCUUCUGUCUACGAAUUAAUGAUUCUUUUUCACUUGUCUUAUUGACAUUUGACAAUAUUUGACAUUGACAGCCUACACCAGAUAUGAAUUAAAUUCCAGGUGUUUUUAUUGGCUGUUUUGAAAACUUACUGUAUUGUCUAUGUUUAAUUUGUAGACAAGGGAGCGAAACAAAAAAAAUAUUUAUCCAAUUAAUUGGGGUUCCAAAAAUUCUGAAAAUUAUUUUCUCAACAGUAAUUUGUAUCUUCUAUCCGUGAAAAAUACUAUUAACUUACUUUAUAUAAUAAAGGCCCAUUUUGGGACAUGUCCUUUGAUGUUAGUGAAUUACCCUGAAGAUCUUAACGAAAAUUACAACAAAUGAAUGUUUGCUGGUUAUAGACCUCUAUUUAUUUAUUCAAACUAUUUUUAUUUAUUUAUUUUGUACAAAAAGAAGUUGAGAUUAUCUCAGAUAUGCUAUUUUGUGUUAAAUAUUUUCAUUGAAAUUAAUAUUGUUAAGAAUUGGCGUCUGUACUACCUUAAUGUUAAGUGUUAUAAAAUCGCUAGAAAAUUUAACAUAACUUCGUAUAGGUUAAGAAUAGUUCAGUAAAUUUUAUACGUUAUUAUUAUAUCUGUAUACAUAAUUAUAUAAUUAUAUAUAAAAUAUGAUGUUAGUAUAAAUCUAAAAGUGUGUGUCAGACUUAAUCAUCGAAGUAUAAACCGUUUUUUUUUUCUUUUAAUUCUUCGGGAGCCGAAUUUUCCUGUGCAGAGUGGAUAUGACCUUUGCCUACGAUUCGGAGGGUGUGGGUUCGAAUCCAUGCACCUCCAACUUUUCAGUUGUGUGUAUUUUAAAAAAAUUUAAUUUCUUGUGUCUUUCUCCACGUGUCUCAAAUGGUGAAGGAAAACAUCGUGAGGAAACCAGCAUAGCUGAGAAAUUCUAUGUUCUCUACGUGUGUGAAGUCUGCUAAUCCGCAUUGGGCCAGCGUGGUGGACUAUUGGCUUAACCCCUAUACUAUAUUCCAUGCCAUAGAUAUGCUAUAUGGAGUAUUGAAACAGAAGAAUGGUAACGCAUAAACUGCAUGUGUUCAAAAAUGAAAGAACCUUUUUUUUUGCUUCCACAGUAUUUAUUACAUUAACAGAAAAGUAUUGUUUGCAUUGCUGUUUUCGAGUGAAUAACGUAGCUUUUGUAACCUUGUGAUCCGAUGCCACCUAUGCUAACCACUGGAUCAACAAUGUUAGAUGAUGAUACAAGAAAUAUUGGGGGAUAUAACAUGUCUCGGAACCAUAGGUCAUCACUGGCAACACGCAUUGUCUUUUUUGUCAAGACUUUUGUCAUCAGGCACUGAGGAAUUUUGGCAGUGAUGACCUGUUGUUCAGAGACUUGGUCGCUAACUAUGAGCUUUAUUAAAAGGCUCAGAAUCACACAGCGGGCGAUGGAACAAGCUAUGUUAGGAGUAUCUCUGCGUGAUCGAAUCAGACAUGAGGAGAUCCGCAGAAGAACCAAAGUCACCGACAUAGCAUGAGUCGCGAAGCUGAAGUGACAAUGGCGGGGCAUAUAGUUUGAAGAGUCGAUAAACGUUAGGGUCCCAAAGCGCAGUGUUGAUCGACCCCCCACUAUGUGGACUGACGACAUCAAGCGAGUCGCAGACAUUCGCUGGAUGCAGGCUCAGUAUCGUGAUGUUUGGAAGUCCCUACUAAAGGCCUAUGUCCUGCAGUGGACGUCCAUCGCCUGAUAUGAUGAUGAUGAUGAUAGUUCGAUAUUGAUCUAUAUCCCAAUUUAAAUUACAGCAUUCGAUAGUUAUACGUUGAUCAAGGACUAUAUUUACGAAAUAAUUGAAAAAUUUACCAUCCAAGACUGCUAUGGAAUAUUUACAAAGAAUUAAAAAUAAGUUUUAAUUAAUUAAUAUAUAUAAAAUAUUAUCAUUACGUAUGUGUGUUAAAAUGUGUUAGGAUUUUCUUGUACAUACAUUUCUUAAGUAGAAAAUUUGUAUACAUGUGUGAUUAUUAUAUUAUAUAUAAAUAUAUAAUAUAUUGAAUGUUACGGCUAAACAAUAUAAAUACGAUUGGUUUAGGGUAUUAUUUAUAAUGCCCGGGAAAUAUGAAUAUAGAUGGCAUUUAUUGAAAGGAUAUGGUCCAUUUCGGGUCGACUCUUGUACCCCUAUCAUUAAAAUUUAAAAAAUACUAGGAUUUUAUUAAAAUCUAAUAAAUAUAACUAAAUAAAAAGAUAUAAAUAAAAUUAAAACCCAAGUUUAUGAGUUACAUCAAGAUGGCACCCAUAAAGCAACUAUGACAUGACAAUUGACAGCAAACGUCAAUCGACUACUGUAAUGAAAACGUCAUCAAUCCGCCAUUAUUACCCAUUUAAAGUGUUGCAUUUCUCGGGAGAUAAUGAAUAAUAUUUCGAAAGAAUUAAAGUAAAUUCUUAGAUUUGUAUAAUUAAAAAUGGUUAAAAAACAUAUUUUCUUUUAUUUCCUCCAGGGUAUAGUGACUAAUCCUCGGCUCCAUACAAUUUUGAACCAUCUCUUUUAACGAAAUCCCUAAUCCUAAUCCUAAUGUCAAAAUCUUGCUUUGCUACAAUGUAAUGUAAUAGUCUUAAUCUAACUUAAAUUCUUUCCUAACUUUAUCUAACUAGAUAAUAAUGGCCAUUGGUACAUUUCCCGGGAAUUAUAGAUGUUGCCCUAUCAAUCACUUAGUUCAUAACAUAACAUAGUAUUCUCUAGUGAAAUGACGAUAUUUAAUAAUUUUAACGAUGAGCUCAGCACCGUGCUGAGGUAGAUACCUUAUUUUCCAGGGUCAUACACUUGUAUUCUGACAGUUCUUUUAAUACUUGUAAUGUGUGUUGACAAAUACAAAAAUAUUCUUAUGUAUUAUAUAUUGUAAACCAAAGUUCGGACGGUGUGCAAAGUUAAUUUUUGCCCGGCCAAGUACAUAAUAGAAAAUGCAUUUAACCUUCCUCGAGGUAUUGCAGGCGUAUAAUAUUAUCUUUGAGAUGACCAAAGUGUGCGUUGGACUCGCUCACUAUAGUUUGGUUACUAAAGGUAGAGCUUGAAAACGCCGGAAAAAAUAUAAAAAAGAUCUACUACUUAAUGGUUGUUUAAAAACGCAUAUGUGUGAAACAUUACAACGUAUAAAAGUGUCAAACUGAGUAAUUCCAUUGCAGAAUAAUUUAUGGAUUUGUUUUCUAUUGCGAUUUCAGGUUCUACUUUCACUAGCCCAAUUCUAUCUGCUCAUUUAAAUGGCCCACUACUCCUGCAAUCCUCCUUCCUUUUAGAGGAGGUGAGAAGGGUGAAGAGGUUAAUGGGCUUAAGAUGAAUAUUUGACUCUGUUAAUCAAUAUUAUGUUAAUGACCGGGCAAGAGACUCUGCCGUGACAUGUGUGUGUGUAAUUUGGUUGUAGCCCGUUGGAUCAGCUUCCACCUUCACACAGGAAGUAAAACUAUAAGAAAUGUAAACAGUAAUUGUUAUCAAUUGUAAAUUAUAAUACUGUAUGACUUUUUCAAAAGAGCAACUGUUGAGUUUCUUGCCGGUAUCUUCUCAGCAGAACCUGCCUUCCGAACCGGUGGUAGAAUCUUUACAAAUAGUCAACUGACGUGUCAAAAGAGCUUGUAAACUGAGCCUACUUGAAAUAAAUGAUUUUUUUUAAUAUCACUAAUUUCUCAACUUCGGGCUAUCAUUUCAAGAAAAGUCCAAUCUUUUGUGGCACGGCCUAAGAUUUAAACUCAUAACGCUACUAUCAUAGCCACUAGGACAAUGAGAAAGUCGUAAAUCGAAAUGCAUAGAAUGGAUUUCCGGGCAAAUUUAACUUUGCAAACUCUUUGCCCUUUAGCCGUAACAUAACAUGAAGGCGCUGUUAUAUAUGUAUGUCAGACUAUGUGUUCGUUUACUGUUUACAGUGUUGUGGUGAAUAAUUUGGGUUUUAUUACAAAAAUAAAUGAUAAAAAGUUAAAUUGA